AUGGUACUUCCCGACCAGUCAGCUGUGCCUUCAACGCGGAAGCCCCUAGCUGGGUGCAAAAGGAGUUUCAAAAGAUUCGUUACGAGCGGAAUUGCAACCAGGGGAGCGGGUAAAGGCGCAGGCAAAGCCAGACAGAGAACCGAAAAACGCACUACAAACUGUAUUGCCACCCCUAUCGCACCUGACAGCAACCGGAAAAAUGACUCCUCUGACAGAAGCAAGAAUUCCGUGAAGAAAUGGGGCUUUCCUAAGCCCAAGGUACUCAUCGUACCCCUUCUCGCCAUUUUGUAUGUCCUAUCAUUGCAUGGCUUGUUCCCCAAAAAGGACUUCCAUCAUUCGAGAUCGCUAAUUGAAAACAGCCUAAUCCCUUUGAUAUGUACACCCGUAAUAGAAGUUGCCCCUCCUCCAACUAAUGGUAGUGUCCCCCCAGUUAUUGAGACUUCGGAAAAUAUCAACGACAAGAAGUCGGGAAAUGAUAAGAAAUCAAAAAAGAGUCGCAAGAAGGCUGCUAGUGAGAAGAAGCCAAAGAAGGAACUCAAGUGGGGAUGGGAUAAAAAAUCAAAAAAGGAUGCCAAGGCAGCAACAGACGAUCCCCGUGACCCGUAUGGCCCCUACGGACCACAUGACCCAUACGAUCCUGAUGACCCAUAUUAUGCAUAUUACCCAAACGAUCCAGAAAUACAAUACGGCGUUUACGGCAGCACGAGGAAGCCCAACACGAUAAUAGAUUUUACGUCAUGCAAAACCCUUACGCCUGAGGAAAAAAUCGAGUUUUUCUUCUACAGCACGAGCAACUAUCUAUAUUUUACGAAAGAAAUGAAGAAACGAAUUUUCGCAACUGGUCCCGUACUGACUAAAAAAUACAUGGCGGAAAUCUUUUUUGACAUGUGUAAUGAACAGAAGGAAAACUUCCUCUUCAUGAAGGAAGCCAUGUCCAAAUUAUCCUUCAUGUUAGCAGCUCAAUUUAAUUUGCCAAAUGAAAAGCGAUCGAAGUGUUGGAACCUCGUGAAUAAAAAACUUAGCAAAGUAAUUAACCGAUUUGAUCUGCGCGAUCGUGCUGACUUCAAUCAUUUUUUGGCUCAAAAAAAACGUCACUCUGCUGAAGAUUUCGAGUGUUUUGUCGAAAACAGAAUUUGCUUAUGGAACAAAAUUACCAGAGAAAAUAGAUAUGAAUCCUUCCUAGAAUUGUAUAAGAAUUUAAAAAAAUAUACCGCCAAGAACAAAUUUCGAGAUAAUGAUAAAAAUUAUCAACCUUUGCAGCCAAGUUACUGUUAUGGUGCUGGUAACCCAGACAUGCCGCAUGACCCCUUCACUGUGAACGAUCCCUCCAUACCGAACGACCCCUUCACUGUGAGCAAUCCCUCCAUACCGAACGACCCCUUCACUGUGAGCAAUCCCUCCAUGCCGAACGAUCCCUUCACUGUGAACAAUCCCUCCAUGCCGAACGACCCCUUCACUGUGAACAAUCCCUCCAUGCCUCAUGACACCUUCAACACGAGUAACCCGACCAUGCAACAUGACACUCUCAGUGCUACCGCCCCCGUUACGCCUUACAACACUUUAAAUGCCAGCAAUUCUCCUUUACAGCACAGCAACAUCAACGUCAACGUUGGCAGUAGACCUCCUAUGCCUUACAGCAGUAUCAGUGUCAUAACUAAACCCAUGCCAUACGGUACCUUUAGCCCUAGUAACCCCACUGUGCAGUAUAGCAAUUUCGGAACCCCUAUCACCGCUAUGCCCUACAGCAAUAUAUGCACUGCUAACCCUGCUAUGCCGUAUGCGAACAUCAGCACCAUUAAUAGGCCUAUUGCGUGCAACACUUUCAAUGUCAGUAGUAGACCCAUGCCGUAUAGCACCAUCACUGCCAGCGCCAUUCCUAUGCCAUAUUACGGCACUUAUAUUUCUAGCAGCCCUAUCAUGCCGUCAUCCCCGUACAACAAUUUUAAUGCUAAUAUUACUACCGCCGUGCCGAUCAACGCUUUGAAUGCGAGCCCCGCAUCCAUCCCGCCUUACACGACGAACGCGACUGUUACAGCUGUACCAUACGGCAGUUUGAACCCUAACGUUGCCACCAUACCGCAAGGCACAUAUAACCCUAGCAUCGCCGCCACACCGCAAGGCACAUACAACCCUAACGUCGCCACCAUACAGCCCAGCACCUACAGUCCUAACGUCGCCACCACACCGCAAAGCACAUACAACCCUAACGUCGCCACCAUACAGCCCAGCACCUACAGUCCUAACGUCGCCACCAUACAGCCCAGCACCUACAACCCAAGCAUCCCCGCCAUACCGCAAGGCACUUAUAAUCCUAGCAUCCCCGCCAUACCGCAAGGCACAUACAACCCUAGCAUCCCCGCCAUACCGACCAGCACCUACAGCCCUACCACCAAACACGUCACAUUCGACAUGGAAGUCGAAAGGGAACCCCCCAGGCGGAAGAAGAAAAAGAAAUGA